AUGUCUGCCACACGCGAGUCUAAAACGCUGAAGGAGCUCGACAUAGAUGAAGUAGUUAAAGUAAACCCGUUUGCAAAGUUGGUGAAUGGGCAGAGGAUCGUGGAAGUACCGGAGCUUACUUUAGAGUCUGGCAUUACCAUUAACAACUUUCCUAUUGCAUACAAGUCCUGGGGUAGCCUUAACGAGAAGGGGGACAACUGUCUGGUGAUCUGUCAUGCGUUGACCGGUUCAUCCGAUGUAGCUGAUUGGUGGGGUCCUCUGUUGGGGAAUGACCAGGCAUUUGAUCCAUCGAGAUUUUUCGUCAUAUGUUUGAACUCUAUGGGCUCGCCCUAUGGGUCUUUCUCGCCUCUUUCUAUCAAUGAAGAUACUGGAGAGCCAUAUGGUCCUGAAUUUCCAUUGUGUACUGUAAGAGAUGAUGUGAGAGCACACAGGAUAGUUUUGGAUUCUCUCGGAGUGAGUUCUGUGGCUUGUGUCAUUGGUGGUUCUAUGGGUGGUAUGCUAGCGUUGGAAUGGGCUACUAUUUACAAAAAAGACUACGUGAGGAAUUUGGUUGCAUUGGCAACUUCUGCUAGACAUUCUGCAUGGUGUAUAUCGUGGUCAGAAGCUCAAAGACAAUGUAUCUAUUCUGAUCCGAAGUAUGAUGAUGGGUACUAUUCCUUAAACGAUCCACCUAUAGCAGGUCUAUCUGCUGCUCGUAUGUCGGCUCUCCUAACUUAUAGGUCGAGAAACAGCUUUGAGACAAAAUUUGCCAGAAACACGCCCUCUGUUGAACACCAGAGUAAAGCUCCAAAAUCCUCACUGCCGGCUCCAUCGUCAGUGAACCAACACUCUCUACAAAUUCACAACGAUGGCCAUAAACACCGCAAAGAACAAAGAAGGGCAAGUCGGUCUUCUUCCACUUCGUCUGAAUCGGUCCUUUCUGUCUCAUCAGAAACCUCAGCAUGUUCCGUAGCGGGUGUUAUAAAGGACAUCAAACCAGCUCAAACUUACUUUUCGGCUCAAAGUUAUCUGCGGUACCAAGGGAGCAAAUUCAUCAACCGUUUUGAUGCCAAUUGUUACAUCUCGAUUACACGUAAGCUGGAUACACACGAUUUGGCUCGUGAUAGAUUCGAUUACGAUGAAAACAUUGUAGAAGUGUUGCGUUCCAUAGAGCAACCAUCGCUGAUCAUAGGUAUAAAGACAGAUGGUUUAUUCACUUAUUCAGAGCAAGAAUUCCUGGCAGAAAAUAUACCGCAUGCCCGUCUUGAGAAUGUUGAGUCACCAGAAGGCCAUGAUGCCUUCCUACUAGAAUUCAAACUAAUCAAUAGACUCAUAAUUGAAUUUUUGAACAAGAACGCUGAGGAGAUUAUGAAAUCUCCUCCGCGUCUUUGGAAGGACUCAGAGAACAACCAAACUGUAACAGACUCUUUGUUUGGAGAAGCAGAAGAAGUCACCAAUUGGUAA